CUCGAGAGGACCUGAGGACACUUCAAUUCGUGUCUCAGAACACGGUGGCGGAUAUCAGGGCGACAUCAUCAAUUCCCUGAUCGGGGCGGAUCGUGGUAAAUUCCAGACAGAUCUACAUUUCUUCAUCGCGCUUUCCAUUGUUACAUCCAUAUUCGGUUCUGUACAGGGGUUGACAGCGAUGACCGUGUCCCGGUUGCUCGUCCUGAGACUGCGGAAGCAGAUGUUUGAAAAUCUGCUCGUGCAGGACAUCGCCCUCUAUGAUGGCAUUAUGGUUGGUCAGCUCACUAGCCGGAUGACGAGCGACGUCGCGCAGCUAACACAGCCGAUUUCGCAGUUCUUGACCAUGUUCCUAUCCGGAAUGGUGCAGCUAACGGGUGCAACGGUUAUGUGCAUACAUACAUCUUGGAAAUUGACGUUGUUGGCUGCCACCAUGUUGGGCCCAGUGAUGUAUCUUACAACAGUCUACGCGACUUGGAGCCAGGGCGUAAACACACUCAUCAUGUCAGCGAUGGGGGAUUGCACCGCUGUUGCCACCGAGGCCCUCCGGAAUAUCAGGACCGUGCGGUCUUUCGGUGCUGACCAGGUCGAGCGAAAUACUUAUAACUCCAACAUCGACCUUUGUUGGAAGUGGAUGUUAAAGGAUUCAUUCGCAUCCGCUGGCGUUACAGCGACCACCUACUGUCUGAGUUUUGCCACCGGGGUGUUGAUAUAUUGGUACGGAGGCAAUGCCAUUCUUGAUGGUAGCGACAUGCAGCUCAACAUAGGGAACCUUGUCACAUUCAACCUCUACUGGCAGAUGAUGCAAACCUCUGUAAGGCAGAUGAACAGCAUGUUGAGCACUCUGAUCGUUUCUGCCUCUUCUGGCAAGCGUGUCUUCGAGAUCAUCGACACGUCGCCAGACAUCCCGCUGGACGACCCCGCAGCCCUCCAGCUAGGCCACACGCUGCCAGACAUUGUCUUCGAGAACGUGAAGUUCACAUACCAGAUGCGCCCAGAUUCGCUGGUGUUCGGCUCCGUCAGCUUCUCGAUCCCGGCCGGCAAGACAGUGGCCCUGGUGGGCAAGAGCGGUGCGGGGAAGACGACCUGCGUCAGCCUGCUGCUCCGGUUCUACGACCCGCAGGGCGGCAGCAUCCUGGUCGGCGGCCACCGCCUCCAGGAGCUCAACCUGCGCGCGUGGCAGCGCCGGAUCGGCGUGGUCAGCCAGGAGACCCAGGUCUUCGCCCGCUCGGUGCGGGAGAACCUCUCCUACGGCCUCUCGUCCGAGGAAUACUCGGACGCGUCGAUGGAGGAGGCUGCGCGGGCUGCCAACAUCCACGACUUCAUCCUGAGCAUGGACCAGGGCUACGACUCCAUGCUGGGCGAGGGCGGCAGCCGCCUGAGCGGCGGGCAGAAGCAGCGGCUGGCCAUCGCGCGCGCCAUCCUGCGCGGGCCGCAGCUCCUGCUGCUGGACGAGGCCACGAGCGCGCUGGACUCGGAGAACGAGCGGCAGAUCCAGGGCGCCAUAGACCAGAUGGUGGAGCGCAUGCAGGGGAACUGCAGCGUGGUCCUCAUCGCGCACAGGCUGUCCACCGUGAUCAACGCCAGCAAGAUCAUAGUCUUACACGAGGGGUGCAAGCUCGAGGAGGGCACGCACGACGAGCUCCUGCGCAACGACAAGGUAUACGCGAAGCUGGUGCGGAAGCAGCUCGCAAAGGAGCAGCAGGAGCUCCAACAGGACAAGAAGGACAGCGACAGCGAGGACGAGGACGGCAAAGGCGGCAAGAAAGGGAAGAAAGGCAAGAGCAAGGGUUCCAGCGCGGGGACCGGGCUCGCGACGGAGUGGCAGGAGCUCCGGCAGGACAAGAAGGACAGGGACAAUGAGAACGGCAAGAUGGGCAAGAGCAAGGGCUACAGCGCAGGGACCGAGGUCGCGAAGAAGGAGCAGCAUGAGCUCCAGCAGGAUAAGACGGACAAUGACAGCGAGAACGGCUGGAAGGGCAAGGGAAAGGGAUCCGGCGCAGGGACCGAAUCCACGACGGAGCCGCAGGAGCGCCAGCAGGAGAAGAAGGACAGUGACGGCGACGGCGAGGACGAGAAAGGCAAGGGUGGCAAGAACGGCAAGGGCAGCAAGAAGGGCAAGCACAAGGGCUCCCCCCCAGGGGCCGGCAAGGGAAAGGACGAGGCCGAAGGAGGCGGCAGCCUCUGGUAGUAGCACCGGCUUCGGCUCCGCCCCCUUCUCCGCGUGCGCGGGCUCCGUAAGCGAGCCCGCCCGUGCAGCAGAGUGGAGGGAAGGGG